GAGAAAAGAAAUAGAGUUGUGCGCAGUUGCGCAUCCAAUCCCUUCACUGUUGUUUUCCCCCAAUUCCCAGUCCCACAUAGCUUAGAACUUACGAUCUACAAUUUUACAAAUACAAAUACCCUUCUCCCUCGCUCAAAACACAAACAAGCUCGCUUCUUCCUUCUCUCAUCAACAACAUGCAGAUCUUCGUCAAGACUUUGACCGGCAAGACCAUCACCCUCGAGGUCGAGAGCAGCGACACCAUCGACAACGUCAAGGCCAAGAUCCAGGACAAGGAAGGUAUCCCUCCUGACCAGCAGAGGUUGAUUUUUGCUGGUAAGCAGCUGGAAGAUGGUCGCACUCUUGCUGAUUAUAACAUACAAAAGGAAUCAACACUUCACUUGGUCUUGAGGCUAAGGGGAGGUACCAUGAUUAAAGUGAAGACUUUAACUGGGAAAGAAAUUGAAAUUGACAUUGAACCAACUGAUACAAUCGACCGGAUCAAGGAACGUGUAGAAGAAAAAGAGGGAAUUCCACCUGUGCAGCAGAGACUCAUAUAUGCCGGUAAGCAGCUUGCUGAUGACAAAACAGCUAAAGAGUACAACAUUGAGGGUGGUUCUGUACUUCACUUGGUGCUUGCAUUGAGGGGUGGUACUUAUUAGUGUAGAUGCAUAUCAGAACCCAAAGACAUGAAAGGAAGCUCUAUACCUGUCCCGUCUCUGAAGACAUCAUUGUUCUUAUGUGCUUGGUUGUAAUUGAGGCUGCUAUUGGUGGUCAGUAACUCAGUAUCUUUAAGUUGUAUGCUAUUUGAAACCCGAAGUUGGCCUUUAUAAAGAAUAUCUGAAAACCAAUGAUUUAAAACCAUAGUUUAGGUACAUAUUUUGCUUUCUUCUGCUUUUCAAGGGAGCACCAAUGUUAACCUUCAAACGCUUCUGUCAGUGUCAGAGAAGUUUAUCUUCUGUAGCCUUGUUUGUGGGUGUCUUCCGCUUGAAAAGAGGGAAAUGGAAGGUUGAUUGUUCGUGUUUUAAGCCAUUUUGGAAUGGAAUGUUGUCAAAAUGAUGGAUCGGAUUGAGGUCAUCGGGGCAUUGUAGUUGAUUUUAAAAUUUUUAAUGUUUGGUUUUAGGAGGCUUA